AUGUCAAAAUUUGAAACACCACUCACUGUUCGAAUGAAGCGUGAUAUCGUGGAGAUCUUUGAAAUGUAUGAUACUGAUCAUAAGGGUGGUCUUUCAAAAUUAGAAUUCAAGUUGGCAUGUAUUUCUCUUCUUGGUUUCAAACCAUCAAAAUUUGAAAGAAAAGAAUUAUUUCCGACCACUCAAUCAACAGUAAAUCGAUCAUUAUUUGUAGAAAUUAUCAGCAAGAAGAUGAUGAGAAUGGAUGAACAGGAUAGGAUGAGACAAAUCUUCAAUACAUUUGAUAAAGAAAGAAAAGGUUACAUUAAUCUAGAAAAUUUAAAAGAUGCAGUGAGUUCGGUCCUCAAGUUUGAAAAGACAAACGGAAAAAGAGGCUCUCAUUCUCUUUCAAAUUUUGCGCUUGAAACCUUGCUGACCGAGUAUGAUGAAGAUCGGGCAAAUCGAAUCACCUAUUCAACCUUUUGCAAUUUAAUUUUCAAGAAGCACUUGAUUUAG